AUGAAGGACGGGUCGGGUCGGUGCGGCCGGGAAGGUCUUUCCGGGCCGAAGGAAGGUGUAGCCGCGCCCCUCUGGGCAGCCACCGCCGCUCUUUCAGGGCCCGGGGAGGCGCGUGGCGAAGGGGACGUCGAAGGGGGUCGCCCCCAAGAGGGUCGCAUCUCAGGGGCAGCAGCCGCAGCUCAGGGAGAACGCAGAGGUGGGGGAGGGAGAUUGGCCCGGAGGUGGAGGGAGAGGCCUGGAGGCCCCGGGCUGGGUCCGCCGCAGCCUCCACCGCUCGUGGCCAGUGGGGUAAGCUCAGGCUGUACCGGACGAGGCAGGAAACUUUCCGACCUGGUAGGAAAAACACCAAAACAAACGGCCGUCAGGAGCCGGUGCCCGCCCGUCUCAGCCCUAGUGCCCCUCAGCCAGCCACCCGUUUGCCCCGACCGCUGGCCACGACUGCUGGCCACGACCUCGGCCGACCUCUCCGCAGGCAGGCUGCGGGGUUUUGGAGCUAAGACGCUACGAAUGGUCCUGCCUCCCUACCCACCACCGCCGCCGCCUCAGCCUACCUUGCCAGCGCCUGCCGCCAUAGUGACUCUGACUGAAACCUACCCGGUGCACAGCCACGGGAACGCGCACCCUUUUCAAGGGCCCUCCUAUCCCUUUUCUCUUGCCGUAGUCCGGGAUGUCACGUGAAUGAUGCCUUGGAAGCCAUAUUGGUCAAGGGCAAAAAAGGGCAAGGGAUCCCCAAGAAGACAGUGAAAUGAAGAAAAGAGACCUAUACAGCGAAAUGAGUCUAGAGAGCCUGCUUCUUCUGGUUUCCCAGUCCCCAGGCAUGCCCGCC